GUGGGGCCGCGGAGCCGCACGUUGCUGUCUCUAUGGGCCCGGAUCCCAGCGCAAAGAGAACAGACUGAGAACUGGAACUUGCCCUGAGGUUGGGGGCAAGGUGACCCCUUCAGUACCCUACAACCCUGCUUCGACCCCACAAUGCCCAGUCUCCAAGGAAUUUGCAUUUGACCCAGAAAGGCACGUGACCCACCCCUCCCUCUGACUUCUUACCUGUGAUUCCAUGGCCACACAACCCUGUGGCUCCAUGUCCCCCCCAUUCCAGGAUCCUCCAUGGCCCCAUGACUACUUGAUCCCCAUGACCUCAUGACCUCUGACCUCCAUGUGAUCACACCCUGGACUUUGAACCCAGUGAUUGCUCUUCCCCUCCCUUCCUGUGAUUCUACUGGGCUGCCCUUGGGGUCUUGUUGGUCUGAACUUCCCCAGGAAGAUGUGGGGGAGGCUCUGGCCCCUCCUCUUCAGCUUCUUCACAGUGACAGCAGUGCCUGGACCCUCGCUGCGGAGACCGUCCCGAGAACUAGAUGCCACCCCACGGUUGACCAUCUCCUAUGACGAGCUCUCCCAGAUUCGGCACUUCAAGGGCCAAGCCCAGAACUAUUCAACACUGCUGCUGGAGGAGGCUUCAGAGAGGCUGCUGGUGGGGGCUCGAGGCGCCCUGUUCUCUCUCAGUGCCCGUGACAUAGGAGAUAGGACUCAUAAGGAGAUCCACUGGGAGGCCUCCCCAGAAAUGCAAAGCAAGUGUCAUCAGAAAGGGAAGAACAACCAGACAGAGUGUUUCAACCACGUGCGAUUUCUACAGCGGCUCAAUGCCACCCACUUCUAUGCUUGUGGGACCCACGCCUUCCAGCCCCUCUGUGCAGCUAUUGAUGCUGAGGCCUUCAUCUUGCCUACUAGCUUUGAGGAGGGAAAGGAGAAAUGUCCUUAUGACCCAGCCCGUGGCUUCACAGGCCUUAUCAUUGAUGGAGGGCUCUACACAGCCACACGGUAUGAGUUCCGGAGCAUUCCUGAUAUCCGCCGGAGCCGCCACCCACACUCUCUGAGAACUGAAGAGGCACCCAUGCACUGGCUCAAUGAUGCUGAGUUUGUGUUCUCUGUGCUGGUGCGGGAGAGCAAGACCAGCGCCAUGGGUGACGAUGACAAGAUUUACUAUUUCUUCAUGGAGCGUGAGGAAGGCUCCAGCAGCUUCACUCAGAGUCGCAGCAGCCACCGUGUGGCUAGAGUGGCCCGUGUGUGCAAGGGAGAUCUGGGAGGGAAGAAGAUCCUACAGAAGAAGUGGACAUCCUUCCUGAAGGCUCGUCUCAUCUGCCACAUCCCACAGUACGAGACACUACGUGGGGUCUGCAGCCUGGAUGCGGACACAUCAUCCCACACACAUUUCUAUGCAGUCUUCACACUGACAACGCAGUGGAAGACGCUGGAGGCCUCAGCCAUCUGCCGCUAUGACCUGACUGAAAUUCAGGCUGUCUUCACAGGCCCUUUUAUGGAGUACCAGGAUGGUGCCCGGCGCUGGGGCCGCUAUGAGGGUGGGGUGCCUGAACCCCGGCCUGGCUCGUGCAUCACAGAUUCAUUGCGCAGCCGAGGCUACAACUCAUCCCAAGACUUGCCAUCCCUGGUUCUGGACUUUGUGAAGUUGCACCCACUGAUGGCUCGGCCUGUGGCGCCCACACGUGGGCGGCCCCUGCUGUUGAAGCGCAAUGUACGCUACACACAUCUCACGGGGACACACGUCCGCACACCUGCUGGACCCACCUAUGACCUGCUCUUUCUGGGCACAGCUGAUGGCUGGAUCCACAAGGCCGUCGUCCUGGGUUCUGGGAUGCACAUUAUUGAAGAGAUACAAGUGUUCAGGGAGCCCCAGUCUGUGGACAAUCUAGUUAUCUCACCGAUCCAGCACAGCCUCUACGUGGGGGCUGCAAGUGGAGUCAUCCAGUUUCCUCUGUCUAACUGCUCACGCUAUCGUUCCUGCUAUGACUGCAUCCUGGCACGGGACCCCUACUGUGGCUGGGACUCCAGCACCCACGCCUGCAUGGUGGCCACCACCAUAGCCAACAGGACAGCAUUGGUACAGGACAUUGAGAGAGGAAAUCGAGGCUGCGAGGGUAGCAGGGAUGCAGGACCACCACCACCACUCAAGACGCGAUCUGUGCUCCGGGGUGAUGAUGUCCUCUUGCCCUGUGACCAGUUGUCUAACCUGGCCCGAGCCUUGUGGCUACUCAAUGGGAGCAAGAGCCUGAGUGACGGGCAGGAUGGCUACCGUGUGGGAGUGGAUGGGCUGCUGGUGACAGACACACAACUGGAGCACAGUGGCAACUAUGGCUGCUAUGCCGAGGAGAACGGCCUCCGUAUGCUGCUGGCUUCCUAUAGCCUCACAGUUCGGCCAGCCACCCCUGCCCCAGCUCCACAAGCCCCUGCCACACCUGGGGCACAGCUGGCACAUGACAUGAGGCUGUUCUAUGUGGUAGCCAUUGCGAUACUUGGUGGCCUCUGCCUCAUCUUGGCAUCUUCCCUCCUCUAUGUGGCUUGUCUACGGGGAGGCAGCCGAGGUCGAAGACGAAAAUACUCAUUGGGUCGGGCUGGCCGGGCAGGGGGCUCGGCUGUGCAGCUGCAGACUGUCUCAGGCCAGUGUCCUGGAGAGGAAGAUGAAGGUGAUGAUGGAGAGGGAGCUGGAGGUCUGGCGAGUGGCUGCCUCCAGAUCAUCCCUGGGGAAGGAGCCCCAGCUCCACCACCUCCACCACCCCCACCCCCACCAGCUGAGCUGACCAAUGGGCUGGUGGCACUGCCCAGCCGGCUGCGAAGGAUGAAUGGCAACAGUUAUGUGCUCUUGAGGCAGAGCAACAACGGAGUGCCGGCAGGACCCUGCUCCUUUGCAGAGGAGCUCAGUCGCAUCCUGGAGAAGAGGAAGCACACACAGCUUGUAGAGCAGCUAGAUGAGAGCUCUGUCUGAACCUAGCCUCCCAAACAAAUGCUCUUCCAAGCCAGCCUGUCUGUCCUAGGCUGGGCACUAGGUGCCACUGCCUCCCCAACACAUCCACCCUCCUUCAUGCUUCCAAAUCCAUUUCCUUCCAACUUUUUGAUGUCUCUGUAGGGCUGGCCAGAAUCAUGGUUAGCCAAAGUCCCCUCUUCAGUCUCCAAGACACAUGUGAGCAGCCCAGGCCCACCGGUGCUCCUCAAAGGUAGGUGCUCCCCCAGAACCAAGUACUCUGCAAACCCAGACCUACUUUCUAUCCCUUGACCUAAAGACUUGGGAGGAGAAAAUUGUCUUCUUAUCCCGUUAUCUGCCCAACCUUCCUCUUCUUCUCAGGUAGGGCUCUGCAGGUCCAGAUGGCCUCAAUGUCACCACCCUCUGCACAGGUGUGUGCUGGGUAGUCCUGAAUUCAGACAAGACCUCUCUCUACCAGCCACCUGAGUCCUGCUUCCAUUCCCAUGUGCACAUGGAAGGAUGUUUAUCAGCUGGGCUGCAGUGUCCUCCUCCUCCUCCUCCUGGGGCAU